AUCCUUUCAACCGGCAGCAUGCCUUCAAGAGCUGCGUUUUCGAGAUAUUCAUGCGCUUCCGUUAUGGGAUUAUUCGUGUAGCAGCAUCCGAAUUUCUUUAAGCUCUAUCCGACAAUUCUUCUUCGAUGUUCACUGCAACAGCGGCCACAUGCCAGGAUGAGACCAGGAGUAGCUCCUCAACGUAUUAUUAAACUGAGUUCUACGAGCCAGCCUUCCUUUGAUAUCUUCAGUAACUAUAACUCCCACAUGAGCGCUAAUCUUCCUUGCCGAACGUUCUCUGGCUCCGGAAUUGCCACUUUCCAGAGUCAAAAUGUCAAGCCCACCGGUGUCAAGGGCUCCGAUCUCGGCCUAUGAUAGCCCUACCUUCGGGGAGGAUGGCUCUUUUCAUGUCGAGCAACCUGUUGGAUCUAUGUCAAUCUCCCCGUGUGGGAGAGAUGUUGUCCUCGCCUCAAAGGAGGGUCUCCAUGUUAUAGACUUGGAUAAUCCUUAUUCUCCCCCACGCUACCUUUCCCAUAGAACUCCAUGGGAAGUUGCCGAUGUCCAAUGGUCGCCAUUUGCUGCUCGUGACUCGUGGGUCGUGAGCACGUCCAAUCAAAAAGCAUUGGUGUGGAAUCUUGCUAUGCGGUCGUGGGAGAACCCAAUUGAGCAUGUUCUGCAUGCCCAUUCAAGGGCCAUUACGGAUAUUAAUUUUUCUGCGCAUCAUCCGGAUGUUCUUGCAACGUGUGCAGUUGACAGUUUCGUACAUUGUUGGGAUUUACGAAUACCGGCCAAGCCUGUGGUGUCGUUUUCGGAUUGGUUCGCUGGCGCUACGCAGGUGAAAUGGAAUAGACAAGAUUCUCACGUUAUUGCCAGCUCCCAUGAUCGUUUUUUGCAUAUUUGGGAUGACCGCAAAGGCGCCUUACCAAUCCGUACAAUAGAGGCGCAUAAUACGAAAAUCUAUGGGGUGGAUUGGAACCGGAUGCGUCCGGAGGGCGUGGUAACAUGCUCUCUGGAUAAAACGAUAAAGUUCUGGGACUGCUCAGUCGAAAGUGAUAUUCCAGAGAAAGUCAUUCAUACCCCUUUCCCGGUCUGGCGCGCCAGACACACCCCGUUCGGAUGGGGAGUUCUCGCCAUGCCUCAGCGUGGAAAUAGCGACCUACAUCUCUACAGUCGUACUUUCAAAGAUGCACUAGAAGAUGUUGAUGUCGUCCCGCUAGUCCACAGCUUUCCAGGUCACAAAGGGCAAGUCAAAGAAUUCCUCUGGAGACCUCGUGGAACUGUCAUAGAUGGGUUAGAUCACCGGGAAUUUCAAUUGGUAUCAUGGGGAACGGAUAAGGAGCUUCGCCUGCACCGAGUGGACCCGGAAGUAUUGAAAGGAGUAGGCUAUGAGAAAGGGAGAUCAUUCAACCCAUCCCUUAACCUCACACGCAAAGGGGCAGUCUAUAAGUCUUUCCACGAUGAACCACAUGGAAUCGGGCCUUCUGAGCCGCCUGACACUGCUUCUAACCGCGAUUUGGAACCAUCUCGCCAACCGGGCUCUGGGAUGGGCGGUAUUUCUAUGCCUUAUUCCCGUAGAUGGACACAAGGAGGGCCUAUGGUCCGGUUUGGCGCGCAUGGAAAAUCGCCUCUUCGUGCAGACAUGAACCCAAUAUCGUGGAUGCGGGGUGUAAAAGUGUCAAGAUGGGAAGUUGAAACCCUUGGGGAUGAAAUUACUCAUGUUGGUGAACGAUUUACGAGAGUUGCCUUUGAGUCUGUCAACGUUGGCCAGAGAAAAGUCACAAUUUCCCUUCAUGGGCCCUGGGGCCCUGAAAAUGCCAGUGUCUUCCUCCGCAUUGAUAUCAGGUUUCCCACGGAAUAUCCAAAGGCGGCUGCUCCGGUUUUCAAUGUGCAAAAGACCACAUCCGUAACUCCGCAACUGACGAAAAGUCUGACGUCGAGCUUACAAACUAUAUCUGAAGCAUACCUUUCAAAAGAGCGAGGAUGCUUAGAGGGCAUCCUUCGGUUUUUAUUGGGUGAAUACACUCCCAAGGAGAUCGUAGCCAUGAUCCAAGAGGAGCUAAAUGAGGCACUUAAGUCACCCGAUAUUCUUGAAGAUGUUGAGUCAAGCGAUGAAGACGAGGAUGUUGGCCAGUAUCAGGGCAAUGAUCUCACUAUGAGCUCGUCUGAAUUGCUUCGUCCCGUGAAUGCAAAUGUUAUGGUGCCUGUCAGAAGAAGUUGUGGUGCACUUUGGGCUAAUGACGGUCGCCUUGUGUGUUUCUUUCCACCUAAAGAAGAGAAGGUCGCUUCGUUUUUGGAUUCGAUAGGUCUCCGGGAAAUGACAAGACUAUCACGUUCUAACAGAGUUUUCGAGGCCUUUGGCAGGUUCCAAACAAAAUCGCCUGGCCCAAAGAACAUUACAGGGACCGGAGCUAGUACUGGCCCUUUGACUGAUGAUGGUGCUUCUGAUUAUUCCGAUAAUUCCGAUGAAUAUUCAAGUUCGUCUGGCUCUUCGGACCUACUAGGUGCUCUUCCACAGCAUUUCCAUGUCCACAGAACAAGUCACCUAGGCUUAGGCCGUGCAAAAUCCACCGACAACUCGCAAAAAUCUACUACCGGUAUUUCUACUAUGAAGUCAUCAAACCCCAAACGACAUAACACAAUUUCUAUCCACAAACUUACCGAUCUUCUUCCGGCUAGACGGGAUCUAGCUCAACAGUACCGCACACAUGGAAACGGCAUAGAGAUAUGCUCUCACAAUAUGGCGGUAGCAGAAAACUUCGGGAAUCUCGAACUUGCCCAUACUUGGGGUCUAUUAAAACUAUUGAUAGAGGAACAGCCACAGGCUGAUGAUGCCGCGCAACUAGAGGAUAUGUUUCAUAUGGCUUGUUUGUCGAUGGGUCAUAUCAAAAGGAAAGAUAGUGGCGUAGACCUCGCUUACGGCAACGGCAUGAACACCAUGACAGGCGGGAUUGUUUGGGGUUCACAUCCCUUCGGAGUGCACUGGUUACUACCGGCCCUGCUUGAUCAUUUUGAACGACUCGGUGAUGUUCAGAUGUUGGGCAUGUUGUCAUGUCUUAUAACUGAGCCAAACGUGAAUGGUUCCAAUUCUAUAAUGGACCACGAAGACCUCUUGUCAGAUUCUCACGGGAAUCCCUCGUUUUCGGCAGAGUAUAUAUCGCCACCUUCACUAAUGCAACAAGCGAACUCAAGCUCAGGGGGCCUCUUCGUGUCUCCGGUAAAAGAGGGACCUCUCAUUUCAGCAUCCUACGGUUCAGCAUGUUCGUCUACAGACCUAUGGCCGUCGGAAACCCCUCCGUUGUAUUCCACGGGAGCCACUCCGCCCACAGUCGUGCGAAGUAGCAAAUCUGAUCUCGAACGGAAAGCGCAGAGACUUGCUACACCAGUUUCUGGCUCCCCAGACCAGCCUUCUGACCCCCGAAAUCUAAAUAUCGUGUCUACCCUUCCAUCGUCGUUAUCUCGGUCGCUACCCAAUGAGCCAUUGGCUGUGUCCUCUCCUAUGAGUGGAAAUUGCAAAAGGCGACCCAGUCCUGUUGGAAGUUUAACUACUGCUGGCCCUAGCGGGUGGACAGGAAAUGGGUUUCCUGGCAAGCCACCUUCUGCAAUACCAGACCAUAUGCAUGCAUCUACUGCUCCUCCGUCCCAAGCACCUUCCGAUACUGAAGUCGAAACAUGGGUCUCUCAAAAGUCGACCAAAUCCUCCGCAAAGUCGUCGCCCGAACCGAACCCUUCAAAAAAGUCUUCAAAGGAAAUACGAGCGGUUUUCAAACAUCAAGAAGACUUUGACAGCGAUCAUUUAGGCCAUGCACCAUCUUUAAUGGAUCAUACUCGCGAGUCGCUAUAUCAAGCAUAUCGUAUCACAUACGCAAACCUACUUUCUGCCUGGGACUUGCCAAUUGCCCAGCAAGAAGUGCUUGGAGUAAAGCAUUUGCCAUCCAUCCAAUCGAGUCACCGUGACCCUUGCCUGGCCGCUGUAUCCUUCGAUCUAAAGCCCAAAGUGGCAAGCGAACUUAAUGGUCUAGGAUUACAACGACAUUGUAUUACAUGUGGCUCUCCUUUACGCAUGUCAGUAUUUUCCAAGGCAGAACCCAGAAAGCUUCCAUCAAGAGGGCAGACAUCUGGUGAUCAGUCAGGCCUAAACUGCUCCGAAUGCAAAUCAGGGCAACAAAAGCGGCUAUCUUGCACGGUUUGCGGUGGGCUGAUAAACGGAACAUUUUCUCCAUGCUUGGUUUGCGGGCACAUUAGCUGUCGUCAGUGCCACGAAGAGUGGCUUAUAUUCAGUGAGAAUUGUCAACGUGGCUCAACCCCUGCCUGCCCUGCUGGUUGUGGAUGUAGGUGUUCCGAUCAUAUCACAGUUCAUGUACCUUUCCCUGAGCGCCCACAAAUAACGGUCACUAUGGAACCCCAAGCACAACCUGACAAAGCUAAGAGUACUCGACGGAGGCGCAAUCGUACUGCUGACCUUAGGCAUACGGUGUGGCCUUUAGCCCAGGUAAAUCCUUACGAAGAGCAGGAAUCUGUCGGGGGUUCUGCAUCUAGGCGCUUCCCUUCCCUAACUCGUAGCCGGAGCAGUGUUAACCUUGAGCGUGGGUAUCCGAAGAACACUACGAGGCGAUGGAAAGACGACUUGGCGGAGUUGAUGAUGGAUAUGUCGUGAUGAGCCCUUUUAUUCUGUUAUCAUAUGUGGCUUAUUUGACUCAUUUUAGCACUUCCUUUGUCCUGUCCCCUUUGCAUAGCGUGGAGUUCUGGAAACAUUUUCACCUAUGGUGUUGAUUAUUAUCGUCCCUUAGGCAGGUCAUGACAAAAGAUGUGGGAGUUAGAUACCCACAAUGUAUUCUGUAAUAAUAUGAAAACAGUGCAAUAGCC